GUCGCGCAUCCGCGGCUGAGGCGUGUGCUUGGUGUACCUAUACCGAUCGAACCUCCGGAGCAUGGCUCCUUGACCGGUUGUCGCGCAGACUAAAAAAGUUUUUUCCUUUUUUGCGGUGGUUCAGUGCUUGUGCGACACUAGUGAUUUGUAACAAUUAGGUAAGGGGGGGCGAGAGAGGAUUUCCGUUAGGUUUCGAUCUUUUGGAUGGAGGAUGCCGCGAUGGGUUCGCGUUUUCUGCCGAUCCACCGGAACAAGAACCUGUUGCUGGUGCUGUUGCUGCUAGCUGGCACGUUGCCCUGUGCUCUCGAGGCGCACACCUUGGGUGCCAAAAGUGCACCGGCAUUGCCAAGAAGCGUCGAAAAUGCCAGCUCGUCCCAACCGAAAAAAUCAGCCGCUAUCCUCGAGGCGGUGGUGGAGGACGAAAACUGCUCCCACCACUCGAUAGAGGACUUUCCCGAGGACCUGUUCACGAGGUGGGAGCGCCAACGCGGUGCGGUUGCCCUGCACGUCCUGUUCGGGCUCUACUGCUUCCUCCUCACGGCGUACGUGUGCAACGACUACCUGCUGCCGUCCCUCGACUGCAUCUGCGCCGACCUGAGGAUAAGCGCCGAUGUUGCUGGGGCCACGUUCCUCGCCACGGCCAGUUGUUUCCCCGAGCUAUUCAUCAAUGUCGUGGGCACAUUUCUCACCGAGUCCGAUCUCGGUAUUGGCACCGUCGUCGGUGGAGCUGUUUUCAACACAUUCGCCACCCCCGCCGUCGGAGCGCUCUUUGCUGCUCAGGGUAUACGGCUAAAAUGGCAAAUCCUGUCGAGGGACUGCAUCAUAUACGCGCUGUCCGUGGGCGUCCUCGUCUUCGUCAUGUGGGACGGCUACGUGACGCUAACCGAGUCCGUAGUCCUGCUCAUCUUGUUCUUCAGUUACUUUACCCUCUUAUUCGUAAACGACAGUAUUGCCCGGACCUUCCGAAGGAUGUUUGCUCACCCCAAGGUGGAGCCCACGCCCCCUGAUCCUGACGCCAAAGAAGAAACCGUGAAGCAAGAAAGCGACGCGAUGCCCUUUGGAACUUACAAGCCGUACUUCCACGGGGAACUUGUGACCGAGUACAGGAACAGCUUGCGCAAAUUAAAAGCUCGGUCCAACGGCGAGGCUGGCGCCGAUUACCUCACGCCGAUUCCCGAGGUCUACAAGGAGCCAGAAACGAUAUUCUCGUGGCCAUCGAAGUGCACGUCGCCAGAGAAGUUGUGGUUCGUCUUCACGUGGCCCCUGAAAUUCGUCCUCUUCGUAACGAUACCGGACAGCCGGUACAAACGGCUAAGAAAAUUCUACCCUUGCACGUUUGUCAUGUGCGUUAUUUGGAUCGCCAUAUCGUCCUACCUCGUCUCGUGGAUGACGACGGUCGUGGGAGACACGAUUGGUAUUCCCGACUCCGUCAUGGGAAUCACCUUUUUGUCAGCGGGUGGUAAUCUGCCGGAAAUGGUGUCGAUCGUCAUACUCUCGCGCCAAGGCCACGGUGACAUGGCGAUGAGCAACACCCUGGGUGCCAAUACCCUCGACAUUCUCCUGUGCCUCGGACUUCCAUGGGCCAUCAGGUGCUUCAUGACCGGCCGGAAGGUGGCCAUAGUCUCCGGAGCGCUUGUCUACAGCAAUUUUUCCAUCAUCAUCUGCGUCAUCGGCUUCUACGCCGUGACAGCCCUUUACGGCUUCAUCCUCAACAAAAAGGUCGGCAUUGCCUGUCUCCUGAUGUACGCGCUCUUCCUCAUCGGCGCGGUCAUGAUGGAGCUCAAUGUCUUCUUCUUCGUCAAUCCGCCCAUGUGUUGAGAAACCGGAACUAUUUCGUUACUUCGUCGCGCAUAGUACAAAUAAUAAUACAAAGAGUCGUCAAGCUCUUGUGUUGGUAGGUUUUUUUUUUUUUUUUUUUUUUCAUGUCGAUAAGUGUUUCUGUAGAGAAACUUGCAACUCGUGCAGGUAAAGCUGUGUGUCGUACUUUUGGUGUUGAUGAUAUGUAGCAACAACGUGUAGAUGCCAUUGCCUUAUUGAAACAAUUAUCUCUAGAUUUAUUACACGAUAGCCCAGUUUUAGGUUUACGUAUAGCUCGUACACAAGGCAACGGAUAAUUGUGAUUUAAUGUAUAAAAAAAAAACAACAACAUAUAAUUUUGUGUGUUCGCGUGAUAAAUGAAUCGUACUGUAUAGUUAUGUGUGAAGAUUGAGUUAGCAAAAAUAUUACUGUGAAAAAUAUAUGUACACGCUUGAAAAAUGUAUUGCUAUCGAACAAAGUAUAAAUUACGUAAGUGUAAUAAUUGUGCGUUCGUAGAAAUGAAUAAUAACGUCUGAUAAUUUUUAUCCUCACGGUCGCGAUGGAAUGCCACGUGCUGAUAGAGCGUCCUUUUUCGUGUAUAUGUGUGUACCGUUUAAUUGAUUUUCCCUCGAUUAUCUCCCAUCGAACGAGUACGAAGUGAACUCUAGAUCGACGAGUGACAGAGAACUUGCGACGAUAAAGGAAGAUAAUGAAUUUCAGUGAAAGAACGAGUCGAUCGGACGCAAGAAAAGUGCGAAGGUUAAAGAAAAACAGAGACGCGGACUUUACCGAGAUAACAAUAAUCUACACGGUGUGAUCAGCACACGCGGCUGAUACGUGUAAAUUACAUAUUUCGAUUUAUUAUGACGUAGCGACGAUUUGUUGUACAUGACUGAGUAAUGUACGUAGAAUAUAUCGAGUCAGCCAAACUGUGAAAGACAACUUGCUUAUUAUUUACACACACGCAAAUGAAGAAUUUACUGUACAUAGUUUUAUAUGUUUGUAUGAAUGUAUACUUAAGGCUUCUUUUAUUUUGUUCUCUCUGUUAGUAGAGAGUAAUUAUGAAUUACGGUACACGGACUUGGAGAUGAAUACUGACUUUUUCAAAUACUAGUUACAAUUUUCUUCAAUGU